UAUUAUUUGCAAGGGUUAUUGUUGUUAACUUAAAUGGAUUUUGAUUUGUUGCAGGGCCGUGUUAUAAUUGUUUGGUUAUCUUGGCUUAUCGGAGGAAUUUGUGGCGUUGUCAUUUUGUUAGUUAUAGUUUGCUACUGCCGCCUCAUGCCGCGUCACCAGAAAUCAUUUGAUGAGCAGUAUCUGAAGGAAAAGGGCAGCAUCAAAGACAGCCAUGCCGCUUACACCAGUCAGGACGGCUACACGAGGGCGAAGAAUGCCGAGGUGCAGGGGGGCCGGGGCCGGCACGCGCACGCGCGGCCCGCGAGCUACGCGGGCGACGCGGAGCGGCGCGGGCGCGGGCGCGGCGUCCGCCCGCCGCCGCCUCCCCCUCCCCCGCACCCGCACCCGCACCCGCGCUCUCCCGCCCCCGCCGCCGCGCCCGAGGUGACCAGCAGGGACAGGGACCAGGCGGCGCAGUACGCGUCCAGUGGCAUGCUGGACGAACUAUCUACCAGCACGAGCAUCGACGCGCUCAAGACGCGCUCGCUGCCGGCGUUCCUGCGACCCAAGCCGCGACCCCUGUCUACUGAGGACGACCUGCAGCAGCUUUACGCUAAGGUGUCACUGAGCAAGAAGUAUAAGAACCGCAUGCGCAGCGAACACGCAGCCAUCAUUGCGCUGAGUAAAUCGCGCAGCCAGUUCUUCGACGCUGAUGCAGUCAUCGUGUACGACCAACGGACCGCACUAUAACUACUUAUGAAGUAAUAUUGUCUUCUUGUACUUAUGAAGUCUCUUGUGCUCAAAGUCCGUGGUGAUGGUGAUAGUAGAGUCGGACCAAGCUAAAUCUGCUCCGACUUUAUAAACAGAUAGAGACGGGGAGUGUGUGUGUGUGUGUGUGUGUGUGUGUGGGUCACACUACAAACGUCACUUGUGUCACUUUAGAGUCAGUUCAGAGUUCAGAGUUUGAGAUCUAUUCUUAUAUAUAUCAGACGUCCAUAAUAACUUCUUCGCAGCUGAAGAACAACAAGUAAUAUUGCACUGCAAGAGGACAUGAAACAUUACAGCUGAUCUUGAUUCCAGUUAAAUCGAGUUCCCAUCCGAACACAAAUUUCGAAAUGUUAAAUUCAGAUGUACAACAGUUAAGCAAAUACAUCUACACUUUUUAUUGGAACGUUCUUACGUGCUCUAGCUCUUAUUGACAGUAUUGUCACCACAUUCAAUGGACGCUUUGAUUAGAAAAUAGAUGUUGUUUAAAGAUUUAGUCGAUUUGGUCCUUCGAACCGUAUUUUAAAGUUUUAAUCUACUCUUCCUAUAUUUCUACAUUUCUACCUAUUCUCUCUCCAUACAUAUCAAGUAUAAAUAAUCUCAUAGUAAAAUAGAUCACUCUCCGCGUACGAGUUGGCAUUUGCCAUCGAAGAUAUCCAAGAGGCUCCUCUUCGAGCUCCAGUUUACAUUUACCGACAAUACAAUAUAAAAUAGAUAUAUUUGUAUGGCAUUAAGAUGGCAAGCAACUCAAACACGCAGCCUAAUUAAGUGUUUAUUAUAGCUUAAUGACACACUCCAUGAAAAUUAGAAAUAGAAAUACCAUUGUAUUGUAGCCACAACAGCGUCAGCAGCACACUGAGCACUGCCAGUGCCAGCACUGCAUUGGUAAACUGAUCAUACAUAAACUUUAUUGCUCGUACCAAAAAUGAAUUUUUUGCCAAAAAACUUAUUUAACCCAGUGGUUCCAAAAUGUUAACUUAUUAAGUAGUCAAAGUUUACUGGCACACAAUUGGCGGAUUGUGAUUGUUGAAUAUUGUGAUAAUUAAAUAUAUAUAACUUUUACAUAGUUUUAGUUAUAAACGAGCUAGAGUGGUCUAACAACGGAUGGUUCAGUUAGAAUCACGUAACAAACUGCUAAGGUCAGUGCAUGAGUACCGCUUAUAAUACUAUUUAUAUUUUACUAUUUCGAGCAGGCCUAAAAUUUCGUGGUGUAAAAAAUAAAUACAGACAAAAAUCAAUAAAAACGAACAAAUAAAAGGCCCCUUUGGAUUUUUGGAAUUGAAAAAGGUGUUUUUUUUUGUUUUACACCACUGACUUUUCAUAUUGUUUUAUGUGCAUUUUAUAGUAAGUAGGUAAAAUCAUAACGGUUUUAAUUAUAGGUUGCCUAAGUAAAAAUUGUAUUUUGGCUCAAUUUUUAGAUUUUUGUAAUAUAAUAUUAUUUUAUUUCGUAAAACUUUAAAUUAAGAUUUUG